AUGUAUAAACUGUUGAACAUUAAAUACAAGAUCGAAGCUACCACCAGAACAAUUUCAAAAGUGAUCUUGUAUCCGGGAGGUUAUCGGAGCAAAAAGUCGAGGUUCGACCUUGAAAAGGAAAAAGACAAGGUUGCGGACGAGGGCAGCAGUAAGAAUGAAAAGAAACACCUCGAGGAAAUAACCAUUAUCGAAAAAAGGGACGAUAAAUCUGAAACCUCUGACACUCUCACACCCGCUGAUUCGGCAGCUCACCUGGAGAAUGUGCAACCGCUUAAGCCAUUAUCACACCUCCGAAAUAUCAAUAUCACUAUACCUCGUGGUGCAUUGGUGGCUGUCGUGGGUCCAGUAGGAUCCGGAAAAACAUCAUUACUCUCGGCGUUGGUUGGAGAGAUGAAAAAAAUAAGUGGGGAGAUUACGUUUGGUGGAAGUGUGGGAUACUGUCCGCAAACCGCCUGGAUUCAGAAUGCCACAUUAAGGAAUAAUGUAAUCUUUGGAUUGCCAUUUGACGAAGAAAGGUAUCGACAAAUAAUCAAGGAUUGUUGUUUAGAACCGGAUUUGGAGAUCUUACCGUCAGGGGAUCAAACUGAAAUCGGUGAAAAAGGAAUUAAUUUAUCCGGAGGGCAAAAACAACGUGUUAACAUCGCCAGAUCAGUAUAUUAUAAUGCAGAUAUCGUAUUGCUUGAUGACCCACUAUCUGCCGUAGAUGCUCAUGUUGGCAAUUCCCUGUUCGAAAACUGCAUUUGCGGUUCCCUAAAGUCCAAAACCAGAAUCCUCGUAACCCAUAAAUUGGGCAUCCUCCAAAAUGUCGAUUACAUAAUAUAUAUGGAAGAUGGUGAAGUCGCCGAACAAGGUACCUAUGAGGAGUUAAUGAAAGACGGUAAAGGAUUUUACAAACUUAUAAACGAAUACGGAGAGGGUGAUGAAGAUGAGGAUGAAGCGAAAGCAGAGGAAAUAGAGGAUAGUUCUGAAAAGAAAACUGACGUGAAAGAUAAGAAAAUUGUACUUGCUGGGAAAGGAUUGAUGACGACGGAAGAACGAUCCACGGGAGCAGUGAAUAACAAAGUUUAUAUAUCGUAUCUGAGAGCGGCUGGGGGUUUAAUUUUGGUACCAACGGUAUUUGUUAUAUUGGUGGGCAUGCAAGGAUCUAACAUUGGCAAUACCUUGUGGCUCUCGUACUGGUCGAGCGAUCAAUUCCAUUUGUCGUAUGGAGCAUAUAUAGGAAUUUAUUGUCUAUGGGGAGUAUCCUCGGCUGUUUUCAGUUUGAUUUCCGGCGUGGUAUUCUCGGUUUCAGGUGUUCGCGCAGCAAUGAAGUUACAUGAUAACGCCAUAAGACGAGUGUUGAGGGCACCUACUAGUUUCUUUGAUACCACUCCGUUGGGUAGGAUUAUCAAUCGAUUCAGCAAAGACGUGGACACGUGUGAUAACUUGCUCUCUGAAUCCUACCGAAUGUUCAUGAACACACUGGCCGUGGUUAUUGGAACAUUCAUUCUAAUCAGUGUGGUAUUUCCGUGGUUUAUUAUACCGUUGGUUCCACUAGUGAUCUUCUAUUAUAUAGCUGCCAGUUAUUAUCGGGCAACAAAUCGUGAAUUAAAGCGUCUUGACUCUAUACUACGUUCAUCAUUGUAUGCCCACUUUUCCGAGUCACUCACCGGAUUACCGACCAUCCGUGCUUACCGUGAACAAGAGCGAUUCAUAAAGGACAAUGAAAAACUCAUAGACCAAGAGAACCGUGCCUAUUUCCUAACCAUAUGCAUUCAACGAUGGCUUGGCCUCAGAUUGGAGACGAUUGCAAACCUUUUGAUCUUUUUUGCAAGUUUAUUCUCAGUCAUCGAACGAACCAGUGUCCAUCCCACGAUCGCAGGUUUCGUAUUAAGUUACGCUCUCCAGGUGACGGGGGUUUUUAAUUGGUGUGUGAGGCAGGCUGCUGAAGUGGAAGCAAAUAUGAACGCGGUAGAGCGUUUGGUGUAUUACUCUGAAGAAUUAGAAAUGGAGGCAGAACUCGUAAUUCCAGAUAACCGGCCACCACAAGAAUGGCCUACUAAGGGUGAAAUUCAUAUUAAAAAUCUAGUGGUACAAUAUGGACCUAAAAAUCCACCUGUAUUACAUGGAAUCUCGCUUGACAUUCAGGCGGCCGAAAAGAUUGGAAUUGUUGGGAGAACUGGUUGUGGCAAAUCUACGUUGGCAACGUCAUUCUUUAGAUUCGUGGAGCCAACUUCUGGCAGUAUCGAACUUGAUGGAAUAGACAUUAGUACUAUAGGCCUAAGAGAUCUUAGAAGUAAGAUUACCAUAAUACCACAAGAUCCUGUAUUGUUCAACGGUACAUUAAGGAGUAAUCUUGAUCCAUUUAAUGAUCACGACGAUCUCAGCAUAUGGAACGCUCUAAAAGGAGCCAAUCUAGUCCAAGAGUCCCAAUUUAUCAACUCCGCUGUGGAUCCCGAAAAAACCGUUUUAGAAAUAUCAGAAUCUACUACUGUCGACGCAACACAAAAAAGACAAGUACUAAAUCUUGAUACUCAAGUCGAGGAGAACGGCAACAAUUUUUCACAAGGUCAACGACAAUUGAUUGCAUUGGCUCGUGCAUUAAUCAGACAUUCAAAAUUGAUAAUAUUGGAUGAAGCGACGGCUAGUGUUGAUUUUAGAACGGAUCACUUGAUUCAGACCACUAUACGGGAAUCUUUUAAUGAAAGUACAGUAAUAACUAUAGCACAUCGUUUAAGGACUGUGGCAGAUUAUGACAAGAUAUUGUUGAUGGACGCAGGAAACGUGAUAGAAUUCGACGCGCCCUACACGUUAAUGCAAAACCCUGAUUCCGCAUUCAGAAAGAUGUGCGAAGAAAGUGGCGAACUUCCGGAAUUGAUGGAGAUUGCAAGGCAAAAAUUUGAGGAUGGUGUAUAUCGAAAAAUAAGUAAAGACUAA